AUGGGUCGCCGUAGUACAUGGUUGGCCGACGAGCUGCCUGCUCAGCUCUCGGAGCUGGGUCUGCGCCCUCGCAAGAUGGCGCAGCCUGGCUACACCGUCCAGAAGUUUUUCUUCCGAGAUGAGCCGAUGAACAAAGCAGUCAACCUCCUCGAGACCGCGGAGUCCAGGUGCGAGGAGCUGGAAGAAUAUUCGGCCAGCACGGUGGACCAGGGCUUCUCGGAAGUAGACUACACGGACAAAUCAGAAGACUGUGAAAAUCCAAAGUUCAGGCGAAUCCUGAAGGUGCUUGGUCACUUGGACCGCGAGGCCAAGAUCUGGGAGAAGCUGCCCCCCACCUGCGACAAAGUCAUGGAACCAAAGAAGCUGGCGCGGGCGCCAUGCGAAUGGACACAACCUCUGCGUUCUCCGCAGCAGCGGCCCAGCGACUCGGGUACCACUCCGUGUACGAGAUGCCUUAUGCGUCCCUCUCAUAUGCACCGCAACCGUCACCACCGCAUACCGUCGCUAAAGUCUACAUCAAGGAGAUCUGAAAUAAAUUCGACCGAAAGACUCGAAUACCGCUCCGUGUACGAGGCUCCUUACGCGUCCCUUACAUGCGCACUGCAACCGUCACUACCGCAUCUCGUCACAAAAGUCUAUAUCAACGAGAUCUGA